UGACUGCAUUCAUCUUCAAUCCCACCUUCACGAACCCAAGGGCCUACACGAGCUAUGGGAUGUUGAUAUCAUUGCUGUUACAAGAGGGCCGGGAUUAGGUCCCUGUCUGGGCGUUGGCGUAGAUGCAGCUAAGAGUCUAGCUGUGUUUUGA